AUGGAGUCCAUCAUCGUGCAGGCGGUGGUGCUCCUCCUAGACAUCAUUGUCUUCGGCCUGGGCAUGGCCACCGAGCAGGGCUGGAGCCGGGCCCCCGUCACCCCAGACGUCGCCAAGGAGUAUGACUACUGCAUCUAUGACUCCGACAUCGCCAACCGCCCGCCAGUCACCGCGUCCGAAGCCCAGCGCAGCACCACGACGCCGUCUUAG